AUGAAGUUUCGCGAUGGAAUGUGGCUCGUUGCAGCCGACAAGCACGUCCAAUAUGCUGAAGACAUCUACACAAUCACUCCCCGCGACAACAAAGCGCUCGACCUCCUUUGCCCUACCCGGCACAUCCGCUCCCGUGGCGACACUCUGAAUUUGAGCACCAUAAACAUCGAGAUUGAGGCUCAGUUCGACGGUGUGAUCUCCAUAGAAGCUACUCAUUUCUCCGGGGCACAGAGGAGGGGACCGAACUUCGAUCUGUAUCCCGAUGGACGACCGGAGCUUGGAAAUACAAACAUCAGCAAAGGGGAUAAAGGCACUACCCUCGCAGCUGGUUCAUUGUCUGCCACCGUCGGACCGGAUCCUCAGGCUUUCGACAUCCGCUUCCACGCCACCGAUGGCUCGAAAGAGCUCACACAGCUGCUGAACCGUAGUGUCGGCCUUGCAUACAGCCCAGCAACGGGUUCCCCGAAGCAAGUGGAGGACAUGCGUAACCUCCAACACUACAUGUUUACGCAGCACGAACUCGGCGUGGGCGAGUCCAUCCACGGCCUGGGAGAGCGGUUCGGGGCAUGGAACAAGGUGGGCCAGGCGAUCGACUUGUGGAAUGAAGACGGCGGCACGUCCAGUGACCAGGCAUACAAGAACAUCUCCUUCUAUCUAAGCUCCAAGGGCUACGGUGUCUUCAUCGACACGCCGGACAAGGUGUCCCUCGAGAUUGGCAGCGAGCGCUGCUGUCGUCUCCAGACAUCGGUCGAGGGCCAGCGAUUGAAGUGGUACAUCAUCUACGGGCCUUCGGGACCCAAGGAGGUGCUAACCAAGUAUUCGAUCCUGACCGGAAAGCCGGGCAAGCUGCCUGCUUGGAGUUUUGGCUUGUGGCUCUCGACAUCCUUCACGACCGACUAUGACGAGAAGACGGUUACGCACUUCCUCGAGGAAAUGCGCUCGCGUGAGGUGCCCGUCGAAACAUUCCACUUCGACUGCUUCUGGCUGAGGGCUUUCCACUGGUGCGACUUCGUGUUCUCGUCGGAGCAUUUUCCGGAUCCGGCCGGUCAGAUCAGGCGGAUGAAAGAGAGCAAGCUGGCUAACAAGGUGUGCGUCUGGAUCAAUCCAUACCUGGGCCAGGCAUCGCCCGUGUUCCAGUACGCAGCUGAGCGGGGCUACCUCCUCAAGCGGAAAAAUGGAGACGUGUGGCAGUGGGAUCUAUGGCAAACAGGCAUGGGCAUCGUCGACAUUACGAACCCCGAAGCGCGCGACUGGUACGUGGGUUGUCUGAAGCAGCUGUUCGAUCUGGGUAUCGACACCAUCAAAACGGACUUUGGCGAACGCAUCCCCGCCACGGACGUCGAGUGGCACGACAAGACGGUUGAUCCAGGCCGGAUGCACAACUACUACGCUUUCUGGUACAACAAGAUGGUGUAUGAGGCGCUGCAGGAGCGCUUCGGAAAGGACCAGGCUGUUCUGUUCGCGCGUGCAGCCACUGCUGGGACGCAACGCUUCCCGUUGUGCUGGGGCGGCGACUGCGAGUCGACGCCUGCGGCCCUUGCCGAAUCGGUCCGCGGCGGGCUGUCUAUCGGACUGUCAGGCUUCAGCUUCUGGUCCUGCGACAUCGGUGGCUUCGAGGGCAACCCGCCGCCGUGGAUUUACAAGCGGUGGGUAGCGUUCGGGCUGCUGUGCUCGCAUAGCCGUCUGCACGGGUCAAACUCAUACCGCGUGCCCUGGCUCAUCGAUGGCGGAGCAGUGGGAGAAGGCAGCGCAACGAGCGUGCUGCGCACCUUUGUGCGUCUCAAGCGCCGGCUGAUGCCGUACCUGUACGCGCAAGGCGAGGUCAGCCGUCGCAACGGCUGGCCGCUGUCGCUGCGCGCCAUGUGCCUCGAGUUCCCGGAGGACCCGACCAGUUGGUUUCUUGACAGACAGUUCAUGGUCGGUGACAGCGUGCUGGCAGCUCCCGUCUUUACCGAGGAGGGCGAAGUCGAGUUCUACCUGCCAGCGGGCAAGUGGACGUCAUGGUGGGACGGCAGCGUGGUCGAAGGCCCCGGCUGGCGCCGCGAGAAACACGGGUUUGAGACGCUUCCGCUAUACGUACGCGAGGGUGCGGUGCUGGUGCUGGGACAGGAGCAGGAGGGCGUCAAGGGGGAGGGCUUCGCGUACGACUGGCUGGCCCGUGGCGCAGAGGUGUGCCUGUACCACACUAAGGGAGGCGAAUCGGCACAGGUCGUCGACUCCAAGGGCGAGACGAUAGCGACGCUGACCGUGGCGGAGGACGGAGCGAGCGUCGUCAACGACGGCCUGCAGAAACUCGGGGCGGAGGUCAAGGUUCGACGCGUGUAA